CGUGCCACCGACUUGGAUUGCGCUCGAAAUAUAAUAUUACCGGUCAAAAUGCUGGAAUUUCUUGCAGAUAAUUUCUACUCUGUGGUGAUAACCGUAGCCUUUUUGGUUAUCAUUCCGUGGGGAAAGAAUGUUUGGAUGACAGCAGAUACAAUGGUUUCACUACUGCUGGUGGUUGCAUGUACCUUUUUUCCGGAGAAGCACUUGGAUCUGCAGACGGACGGUGUGGUGGAUGGCGUACAUGUCCAUAUGUUACGCAUGUUUGGGCUGAUGGUAUUUGGAACUGCAAUGUUUGCUGCUUGCGCAUUGAUCACAAAAGACGAAACAGCGAAGACAUCCGUUCUUUGGGGAAGGGUCAUUGGAAUCUCAAUUUACAUCUUGGAUAGGAUACACAGCUACAACAAUUUGAAAAAAGGCACUUCAUGGAAUCCAGCGGCCUUGUAUUUUGGUAUCUAUGGAGACUGUCUGUGGUUGCUUGGUAACCUUAUAUAUGCCGUGAGCAGCACAGAUUACGGAGGAGGUAAAACCUCCCAUGGAUGGUUGAACAUGUUCCUGAGCAUUGAUUUUGUACAGACCUUUCUGUUUGCAUUCCUUUUCUUUACCUUCCCAGGACCAAUGUUAGGCUUCCAGUGUAAAGAGAAGCUAAGAGGCCUCCAUCUAUGCAUCGUCCGUAUGUUUGCAGCAUUCAUUUUCAAUUCCGCCAUCAUCUCGGGAAGAGCUCCUAAUUUCCCAUCUAUAACGGGAAAAAUCAACUUCCUUACAAUAAGACUUAUUGUGAACGCUCUGCUAGUGACGGCCCAGCUCUAUACCCAGCUAACCACCGACUACUGGACACAGUGGCAUAUCUACUUCGGGAUGGUCGGCAUGUCAGUCUGGUCAAUUAAUGCUGCAGUCGGCUACUCCAAGGCCAUCAAUGCUAUCAAGUCCAAAAAGGAAUGACCGGUGUUCGUACGGUUAUUAUAUUUAACGUACAUGAAAUGUGCAAUCAAAGGAUUCAGGUUUUGAUUGGACUAAAUACAAAGUUUGAUGUGGGAAUUUUUUCAUUGUGUAUAAGGAUCACUGAACCACUGCCCGACAAAUGGAACUAACGGAUAUACACUGGAAACCAUUUUUCCAACUUGGCAAUAGCUUUGAUGAAUCAUUUCUUAAAAGAGACACACAUCUUGUGGAUCUUUUAUGAAUAAUACAGUAAUAAAGAUGAAAUAAACAACAAAAAUCACCAACAGUGUUGGGAGUGUAAAAAUGGGUCCAGAGAUUUGAACUCUGGACCUCCAACUAUUGUACCGUUGUUUAAACCAAGGCCGCUUUUGUAGUGUUUCAUGUGCGUUUUUUUCUCUUGCAUAUUUUGCAAUUUGACUUUCUUUAUGGAGAUUUUUUUCAACGUAGAAGUUUUUUUAGCUUAAUAUUUGAUGUUUCCAACCAAAGUGCUGCUAUCUUCAAUUUACUUGUGGCCUUAUUUAAUUGAUAGAUACUAUUUAUAUGUUUAUCAAUCUACAAUAGAUGCUUAUUAAUUAUGCUGACAUCAGAUCAAGUUUCAUUGAUUACAGUAAAUGAUUACAGUGUUAAACCUCUUAAUUUGGACAAUAUUAUUUCAAACAAUAAUUUCAAAAUAAACAAUUUUCCAGAUUAUUGUAAAUAUUGCGACUAUUUAGGCGGGCAGUUCUGAAAACCACAGUCCAGAUUUUGAGAUGUGUGAUUUUUUUACUAACUACGAUUUACUACUGGAUACAUUUUCCCAUAACUGACGUUAUAAGCUCACUCCCUCACCUACAGUUUGAUAAAGUGUAAACGGGGAAUGUAACUGCAUACAUGCUAUACACAGGUUAAAAAAUAAACCCUGCCAUCUUGUGGAAACUUGAAGUGAUGAUUGCAAUGUGACCUAGUCUUAAUUCUUAUUAAUCGUAGAUUUUUAUUGACGGUGAAAAUGUGUGAAAUUGUCUAUCAUGGUAUGAAUGUGCUCCAUUUUUGUCCGAUUGUACAGAUUUUUGUGACAUAUAUAUAGAUGCACGAUUUUUUGUCCUCAUUGUAUAAAUUAUCAUCUAAAUUUGAUCUCAAAUUUUAUUGGCUCAAAAAUUCUCAUUAUCAUACUUUUACUCCAAAUUCAAACAUUGUGAACCUCAAGUGGCUGAAAUAUAAACUUUGGCAAUCUUAGAACUCUUCACGGCUCUUUACUUGAAUAAUCAACGCCGUAAACCUCGUGUUUCAAUUUAUAUAAAUGACACCUCCAUACAUAUUAUAAACUUUAUUUAUUUUACAACAAUUAUUUCAACUUAUAUUAAUCACUCUGGUUGGCCUGGAUAUAAGCGUACAUACAGGUGGUCUUAAUGUGGGAGGAAACCUUAAUGUGGGAGGAAACCAGAGUACCCGGAGAAAACAUGUGGUCGGGCAGGUGACCCCAUACCUUUUCAUUUCUGAUCAGGGAAUCAAACCCCAGCGGCCAAAAUACAAGUAAGAAACAACCUCAUAAGAGGAUAUGACUUUAAAAGAACAAGCCAAGUAUAACCUUCACUUUAUUGUACAAAGACGAGUCAUAAUAUUUAGAAAAAAUAAAGUAAGUAUAAUAUCAUUUUUUUUUUUUUUAAUUUCUGUCAUUGCUUCACAUUAAAAUAAUCAAGUCAGGAAAUGUGUUUGGUGUAAGGGUAGGCUUGCCUACAGAACAACUGUAAUCAUUGUGUUUGUGAAAAUAAUCAAGAUUUUUACACGGAAUAAAAAAAAAAAAAUACACUAAGAAUGAAAUUUUUGUGUUUCUUUACUUUUAAAGCUAUCAAAUUAUCAUUAAUUAUAUAAAGGGCAUCAGUAGCUGUCAAAAUGUGUACCGUAUGGUAUACACUUAUCAGCACUGUGUUAACAGUUGAAAUAAUGCUCAAGCCUUUCAGGCAUAUAACUUAACCCUUUCACCCCUAUGUAACUUUAGUAGAUUCUACCAUGCAUUGAUCUGGAUGAGUCCAUUUUAGUCUACAGUGGUGAAAGGGUUCAUUCAAUCUAUUACUGCAUGCCCAGGAAAGUUUCGACCUUGAUUCAAUUUUCACCAUCCAAAACAAGGGCGUAAUUUUUUCUACACAGCCAAUAUGUAGGAGAACACAGCAUUUAAUAAUAAUUGUUAUUGAUAACAUGUGAAGGACAAUAGUAACACUGGCUUGAUAUGAAUUUUAUAAAGGAAGAGUUGCAGUUUAUAUUUCAGUAUAGGGGUUUGUCUGUGACCAUGAAUUAUAUUUUCAUAGAAAAUUAUCUCCCUUUAUUGCAAAGCAUUAUAGUCCAGAAUUUAUUUUGGAUUCAUGAUAUGGAUAGUAAGGCAUUAAUUAUUCAGGUAUGACCAUAUAAAAAAAUAUAAAACCCAAAAAAGGUGAGUAUCACUAUGCAUACUAAGUGCAGGCAAACAUCAUGACUACCAAGGGCAGCUGGACCUGUUGUAUUUCCCUAAGAAAAAGAAAAAAUCAACAAUUUUGAUAACAAAUUUAUUUUCCUAACAUGUAAUUUUUACAUUUUGAAUACAUCUGGUUACAAAUACCGGUACACAUACAUUUAGAUAACAUGCUCAUCCUCCGGCAUUGCACUGUAUAAUGUAUAACACAUCGCAUAUCAAAUGAUAAAGUACCCUGUUUAUAUAUAUGUACCCUUUUCAGGUCUAAAUACAUAAGUGUCAUCUUGAUUUGACAAUUUGGAGAUGCAAGGAGUUUAUACAUGGCUUGAAAAUCGAUUCAAUUUCAUUUGAUAUUUACACAUCUUUCUAAAUCUCAUAUACAGAAGCUGUUAAAGAUCUAGGGAUAGAUACAAAUACAAAAUUUUACUGAUCAAAAACAUCUGUCCAUAUUUCAUCAAUUACAUUGCAUCUACAUUAAAUAAUAUACAAUUAAGAUGUAUAUAUCUAUAAAAAUAUCAAUAAUAGAACACAUCUGAGACAUGAUUUUAAAAUUAUUAAAAUAAAGAACACAUUUGAGACAUGAUCCAUAAAAACAGAAAUCACUUAUCCAAAUUAUUACUAAAAUUAAUAAAUCCUUUCACCACACUGUGGACCAUACUGGACUUAUCCAUAUCAAUGCAUGGUCGAGUCUACUGAAGUAACACAGGGAUGAAAGGGUUAAAUUGACAUAACCAAUAUAAUGGCUUUUUCAUGUGUAUUUCUAUAGAACGGGGAAAAGUAUUUUCCAUUUGUUACCAAUCCUCUCAUAUCUACUACAAACCAUACAUUUCCAUUCACUCAAUAACUCUACAACCCAGGUAAUUCUCGAUCAGUUAAAAAUCAUCAUAUAAAAUCAUUAUAUAAAAUCAUUUUGGACAUGAUUGAACAGUAAUAUGAAUCAUUUAUCCUGAUUAUAAAUAUCAAAUAUUAAAUCAAUGGUUUUUUUCUAGAGUAAUGGACCUCUUUUCUAUUUUGAGAUAGGAAAAACUGCAUAUAUAUUGUCCAUGUUUAUCGUAUCUGCUUCACAUUGCUAGGAAAACUGAAUUUUCAUUGCAGUAUAUUCACAAAUAUGUAGCGCCACAACCUCAAUCUAAAUAAGGGUUUACUCCAACAGUGUUAGAGGUUUACACAGCGAGAUACAUCUGACAGGCACCAUGUCGCAGUCGGCAAAAUCAUAUCCGAUAGAGAAAACAAGAAUUCCACGGAAGUGGAUGUGUCGCCUGCGCAGGAA